AUGAAGGAUAUCGUUACCCUGCCCGCUGACAAAGAACGCUCGACGGUCGUCAUGGAUAAGAUGGAGUGUGAGGCAAAAGCGAAUGACCUCUUGAUAGGCAAGGAAUCUUGCGAACCAUCGACUGCCAGCGAGUUCAAAAAGCUCGUGAACAACAUAAACAAAGCGGUUGACAAACGGAGGAAGUCGGGAGCUCUGACGAGAAGAGAGGAGCUGGCUGCAAAGGCCACCGACGCUGCAAUGGCAUGUUUCUACGGUCUACCAAAGGUGCACAAACUAGAAGUGCCCUUACGCCCCAUCAUAUCCUUACGAGGCACCCCAACCUUUGGAUUGUCAAAGUGGCUGUAUCAGCGACUGUGCUUCCUGACCAAGGACUCACAGUGUACAGUGAAGUCUGCUAAAGAGCUUUGA